GACGAGAGACCGGCGAUAUAGUAUACAUACACGUAUAUGCUUGCGGUACCACACCCGAGCUCUGUAACGCGCUAUAUGUACGUGGUAACUUCCUCUCGCCGUACGCUCGCUAUACUACCACUGGCCCGAAGCCAAGCUGUGCCACUAGCUGCAGUUGAGCUUCGACUCUCCAACCAGCAACAUAUUAUAUAGAUAAUAAUACGACGAUAUAUAGUUUGCCUCUGUCUCGCUUGCUUCGACAAAAUCCAAAGGAACGCGAUAUAAUGGCAGCUUCGCAGUACUACCACGUCCAGUGCACGCCGACGGUCUAUCCGGCCGAUCCCUUCGAGCCCGAGCUCGACGCGGAGCUUCUGCGCAAGGCCAUGAAGGGCAUGGGCACCGACGAGCGCACCAUCAUCGACGUCCUCGCCCAUCGCGGAGUCGUCCAGCGACUCGAGAUCGCCGACAAGUUCAAGACCAUGUACGGCAAGGACCUCGUGAGCGAGCUCAAGUCCGAGCUCGGGGGUGACUUCGAGAACGCCGUGCUGGGCCUGAUGACGCCCCUGCCCCAGUUCUACGCCAAGGAGCUGCACGACGCCAUCAGCGGCGCGGGCACCGACGAGGAGACCAUCAUCGAGAUCCUCGCCUCGCUCAGUAAUUACGGCAUCAAGACCAUCUCGGCCGUCUACAAAGAUCUGUACGGCAACGAUCUCGAGAGCGACAUCAAGGGCGACACUUCCGGCCACUUCCAGCGGCUGCUGGUCUCGCUGUGCUGCGCCAGUCGCAACGAGGACCCGGACGUCGAUCCCGCGGCCGCGACGGCCGACGCCGAGCGCCUCAUCGAGGCAGGCGAGGGCUGCUGGGGCACCGACGAGAGCACCUUCAACGCCAUCCUCAUCACCAAGAGCUUCCCCCACCUCAGGCGGAUCUUCGAGGAGUACGAGCGGCUGACCGGCAACAGUAUCGAGGACGCCGUCAAGAGCGAGUUCUCCGGACACUUGGAGUCCGGCUAUCUCGCCGUUGUGAGAUGCGCUCGCGACAAGACGACGUACUUCGCCAAGAGAUUGAAGCACGCGAUGAAGGGCAUGGGCACCGACGACAAGACCCUCAUGCGCAUCAUCAUCGCUCGCUCGGAAAUCGAUUUGGGCGACAUCAAGGAGGCUUACGAGCAAAAAUACGGAACGCAGCUGGCUGCCGAUAUCGAUAGCGACUGUUCGGGAGACUACAAGAGACUAUUGCUUACUUUGAUUGGCCACGAAUCAUAAAUAUAUAAGUGUAAUAUACAUGCCGCACGUAGAUCUGCUUAUACUUUAUUGUUUGUUAUAACCGUUUUACAUCGCCUCUAAUUCUAUAUUUAUUUUAUUCAUACAUUAAAUAAAUAUUCUGUGUAAGUCAAAGUUGAACUUUGACAAUUUAUAAAGCAUGACCGCCUAUAUAAAUGGUUAUUGGAUUAUUUUCUCUUAUUUUUCUCUUACGCAUACUUGUAACGAUUUUCCGUUGUAUAAUUGCGAUUAACGAUUUGUAUCUCGUGAAAAAAUUUCAUGCGUUCGUGCGCCGUAUUAUUUGCAUGUAAUCGGUUGAAAAUGUAUUCUGUUGUAUUUUGUGUAAGAUCAAGAAGACUGCUAGGAUUGUAUAGACGAAAUAAAAAGUAGAAAGGACAAAUUCAAAUAA